AUGGCUUCCACCGCACCCGCAACGAAUGGCCACGCCAAGAAGCUGAGCCCGUCCGCGAUCUUGCACCGCACCCCCUGGCAGCCGCCCAUCGCGACCUCCGCGGAGGGCAUCUACAUCACGCUUGACAAUGGCACGCGGAUCAUCGACGCGGUCGGCGGUGCUGCCGUUGCGUGCAUUGGGAGCAGCCACCCUGCGGUCACGAAUGCGAUCAAGGAGCAGGUAGACAAGGUCUCCUAUGUGUACAACAUGCAGCUGUCGAAUCAGCCCGCGGAAGAGCUCGCGCACUACCUCAUCGAGGCGAGCAAGGGCGCGUUCGAUCUCGUCGGGUUCGUGUCCGGAGGCUCCGAGGCCAUGGAGGGCGUGAUCAAGACCGCGCGGCAGUACUUCUACGAGUCGGGCCAGCCGCAGCGCAAGAACUUCAUCGCGCGCGAGCUCUCGUUCCACGGGAACACGAUCGCGACGCUCUCGCUCGCGUACCACCCCACCCGCCGCGCACCGUACGCCGCAAUCCUCGACUCGGAGAACUUCCACCAUGUCUCGCCCGCCUACGCAGCGCGCUUCCAGGCUAAGGGCGAGAGCGAGGAGCAGUAUGUCGAGCGUCUGAGGAAGGAGCUGGAGGACAAGUUCAUCGCGCUGGGCCCGGAGACAGUCGUUGGCUUCGUAGCAGAGACGGUAGUUGGCGCGACGUCGGGUGUUGUCGCGGCCCCCAAAGGGUACUUCAAGGCGAUGAAGUCGGUGUGCGACAAGUACGGCGCCCUUUUCAUCCUCGACGAGGUCAUGAGCGGCAUGGGCAGGAUGGGCACGUUGCACGCUUGGGAGAGCUACGGCGAUGGCGUCUCGCCGGACUUGCAGGCCGUCGCGAAGGGCCUCGGCGGAGGUUAUGCCGCGAUCGGCGCGGUGCUCAUCUCGAAGCGCGUCGCCGACGGCGUCCGCGACGCGUCCGGCUUCUGGAAGCAUGGUCACACAUACCAGGCAAACCCGCUCUCGUGCGCGGCCGCGCUCGCCGUCCAAAAGGUCGUCGCGGGCGAAAACCUGCUCAAGAACGUGACAGAGGUCGUCGGCCCGCUGCUCGGAUCCCUCCUGCGCGAGAAGCUGCAGGGCCCGAACGCGCUCGCAGCGCCCUUCGUGUUCGACAUCCGGGGCGGCGGCGCGUGGUACGGCAUCGAGUGGGACUUCAGCUCGCCCGCGGGCGCGAACCUGGACUUUGGCGGCGAGGGCUUCGCGCUCGCGGUGCAGGCGCGCGCGCUGGCGAACGGGCUCGCGAUCAUGGGCUUCGCUGGGGGUGCGAGCCUGGACGGGCUGAAGGGCCACCACAGCAUGCUCUCGCCGGCGUAUAACGUGACGCCCGCGGAGAUUGAGACGAUCGUGGACCUGUUUGUGCGCAGCGUAGAGGAGGUGCUGAAGGCGGGAGGGUUGCAGGCGUAG